AUGAAGGAAGGGGGCGCAUACGAUACUGCUGAGGCUGGCCCUUCAAGACCACCGCUCGAUACUCAGCGCGCUUGCUCCGCAAACGAGGUUCUGGCAACGAGCUCGUCCAGGUCUCCAAGCUCUACAUCUUCUGCACUGGACGAAGGCAAUGAGAGCGAGAAUGACCAACAUGAAAUGGAGGCUCAGUCAGUAGAGGAUUCAAUCCCAAACCGCCCGUCCUUCCAGCAACGCCAAUCCCAUGUGACCCCUCGGCGCAAGCCUCACCUUCCUCACCUUUCCCUAGACCUGCCCCUCCACACCUCCGCAUCAGAACUAUUCUCGCAUCCCCAGUCCGACUCGCCUAUGAUUGAUGGAGACGGUAUCGAGACGGAGGGUAGUGGUGGUGCAAAGAUGAGCUACUCUAGUCUACCUCCGUCGCCCAGAGGAGAGUUUAUGGGGACGCCCAAAGAGGAUAUAAAGGUGUCGGGGAAGGAUCUGAGCAAUCUCCUCGGGGAUCUGGAAAUGAAGCGAAGGGGUCUAGGGGAGGAAGCGGUCAAUCUUGACACGGAGAGCGAGACGGUAGUGGAAGGAGAAGAGUUUUGGCCAGCACGCUCCAGAAGGCCCACUCUCAGUGAAGAAGAUAGCUAUCGUCGUUCGACCGACGACGACGAUCUUACAUCCCCCACAUCUGCUGCUGCUGAUACUGACUCGACACGCCGGGGCAGCGACGUCAAGCUUGGACCGAUACAGUCCAAAACAGACGUUCUCGGGAUAUGGGACCUUCUGAAGGAUGAAAUGGGUGCAGAGGAUUGGGAUGGUUGGGUCGUAGAUGGCAAAUGGGAACGCAUAGCGAACUUUCUUGCUGUGCCCCUCGCCGUGGAGAAGACAACUCUCUUCGGUGCUCUCCUCUGUCUGGAUGGCUUCCUCUACAACUUUACCAUUCUCCCUAUCCGCUCAUUAUUUGCCCUGACUAGGAUCUUCAACAGUAUAGGCAUGGGAAAAGGAUGGUGGCCUAUACCGCUUGCCCAUAUAAACUCAAUACUGCGCAUGUUGCUGUUAGUGAUACCAACAGUGGUAUUACUGAUAGCCACGGACGCAAGUAAGAUGUAUCACACUGUAAGAGGGCAGGACACCAUCAAGCUCUAUGUCAUCUUCAAUGCUUUGGAAAUUGCAGAUAGACUAUGCUGUGCGUUUGGACAAGACGUCCUUGACACACUCUUUGCAAAAGAAACAUUAUCACCAAGCGUUCGUAAACGCGGGAAGGGUCGAAAGCGCCAACAAGCCAGACCAGCAUUCUUCUUUGCCCUCUCUCUGGGAUACGUUCUAUGCCAUUCGCUCAUCUUCUUCUACAUGCUGGUGUCGUUGAAUGUGGCGAUCAACUCGUAUGACUACACGCUGCUUUCACUUUUGAUCAGUAACCAGUUUGUCGAAAUCAAGGGCUCCGUCUUCAAAAAGUUUGAAAAAGAGAAUCUGUUCCAGAUCAUGUGCGCCGAUAUCGUCGAGCGAUUCCAGCUCAGCCUAAUGCUCGCCGUGAUUGCGCUUCGUAACAUCAUCGAGAUGUCUGGUUCCGAGAUUGCCUUCUUGCCCAAGAGUUUCAUGAAAGGCAAGAGUCUAGUGGAUUCCAUCCUUUCGCCGAUCUUGUUUGUGAUCAUGUCAGAAAUGAUAGUCGAUUGGCUCAAACACGCCUUUAUCACCAAAUUCAACCACGUCCGCGCAUCAGUAUACGAACGCUUCACCGACGUGCUCGCCAAAGACGUCCUCCUAGCCGGCUCACUAUCGUCCUCUGCUCCUCUAUCCGACAAGAGACGCCAGCUAGCUGGUAGGCACCGCAUUUUGCUGGAUCAAUCGCCCCUUGUUGCGCGCCGUUUGGGAUUCGCGUCGAUACCGCUGGCUUGUCUUGUUAUUCGUGUAGCUUUCCAGGCUAUAGGGAUGCUCACGACGCAGCAUGGGUCGUAUGCUGACGAGCGUGGAGAGCUUGGGUCUGGAGGUAGCUGGGAUAGUGUAUGGGCGGGGUUGAAGGUGGCGAGCUGGGUUGGUGUGGGAGUCUGCGCCUGGGGAUGUCUGGUCUUUCUCAAAAUUAUCCUGGGCCUUUCAUUACUUGGGUUUUCAGCAAUGCGUCAAGAAGGCAUGGAUGAGCGAGAAGAAGAAGACAAGGUCAAUGAUUUCGGGCGGUCUGCCGUUGGUGAGAGCAAGGAGGAGACUGAGUACAAUCGCCAGACCAAAGAGUACCUCACCCAGCCAGCAGACAAUCUACCCGACUAUCCUUCGUUUGCCACUUCAAACUCCUACAAUGGUUCUGUGCCUCUGCCGAGAGCAAAACAAUCCAAUGAUCAUAGAGAGAAGGGGGGGUUUGCGGAGGAAAAGGCGAAAUCCGGUGGCGGAAAGAAGGGCAAGAAAUGGCGAUUGGAGGAAGUCGAACGGUGGACGAUGGUGAAACGCAUCUGGUAG